AUGACGCUCUACUCGGACCCCCCCAGUUUGCUGCCAUUUCGCCACGACAAGCCGACCCUGCUUGUCUGCUGGUGGAUGACAUCCUUUUGCGCCGUCAUGAUUUUUCUUCGCGUCGCCGGCCGCUUCAUUCGCACCGAGCGCCUCUUUCUCGAGGACAAGAUUGCCGCCAUCGCCGUCAUCCCUCUGGCCUUGCGCAUGGCAUGCGUUCAUUACAUUCUACUCAACGGCACCAACAACGCCGAUUUCACUGGUGUUGUCCUCACCCCCCAGGAGUUGCGCCAAAAGUCGAUAGCCAGCGGCUUAGUUCUGCUCUGCCGAUUCUUCUAUGCCGCUACCCUAUGGGUUCUUAAGUGCGCUAUUCUUGAGUUUCUCCGUCGAGUCACGGGUAUCACCUGGCAGCGAUCCUACCAAAACACACUGGUCGCCCUCCGAUGGACCCUGCUCGUAACCUUCAUCGCCGUCGUCGUGAGCGACCUGGCCGAAUGCCAGCCCUUCAGACAUUACUGGCAAGUCUUGCCUGAUCCGGGUGGCCAAUGCCGCCAGGGUCACGUCCAGCUCCUCACUAUGGCCACCUGCAACGUCUUGACCGAUCUCUUACUCGUCAUCUUCCCCAUCCCCAUUAUCUUACGCAGUCAAAUGCAUGCCAAGCGCAAGAUCCAGCUUGUCCUACUCUUCUCACUAAGUCUCUCCGUUGUUUGCGUCACACUAUAUCGAGUCCCCCACAUCAUCUGGAACCAAGGCCGCCAACAAUAUCGAUCGCUCCUCGCCUCCGUCGAAAUCUUGUUUGCCACCGCCGCAGCCAACGCCCUGGUCCUCGGCUCUUUUGUCCGCGACCGUGGUUUGAAGAAGCAAAAGUUUCGCCGCAACUCGGCCGCCGACUCGUUUGACCGCGGUAGCGCCCCGCGACGCCCCGCCCUGCAUCAGCACUGGGGCAGUGAUGAGGAUCUUGUUAGAGACGUUGGUCUAGCUGUCGGCCCGGAGCUGCGAGAGACUCUCACUCGAUCCAUUGUUGCAAAACCCGCCGACAUGAAAGGGGAAUGGCCUCGCCAAAACGGAACGCUGAGUGGUGAAGCCGCUAGCGACGACGCGAUCCUCCCCGACGAUCGUCUCUCCAAGACAGAUUCCCACCAAGGGGGCAGAAAGAUGACCUUUUUCGAUGUCGGGGGCUUAUUAGACAGCUCCGUAGGGACCAGCAGCGGAAGUUAUCGCCGUGAUAGCCACACCUCGUCAACCAUUGGGCCCGGCUCCUCUCACAGCGUUCCCGCAAACGCUGUCCCUGCCAGCUCGACUGGCCUGCGGCGCGGAUCCUCGGCGCUGCUGCAAGAUCUCGGCGGCCUUCUCGGCCCUCUAAACAGCCGCUCCGCACGCUCCCAGUCUAGCAACGGCACCGAGCUGCAGCCCAUUCCGCAGUCAACCUUUGAGCUGCAAGACCGCCCCCGCAAUCAGUCGGGGCCUGUAUAG